AUGGAUGUUCUUUCACCAAUUCUUGAAAAUGUUAAACAAGUAGAUGUUUAUUUCGAUGAUUAUGUAGAAAGUAUAUAUUAUAAAGGUAAGUUUAAUAUUAAACCUAUUGCUUUUGCAUUUGAUAAUAAAUUAAUUGAAAAUGCAAAAAUUUGGGAAUUAAUUCCAGAUAUUGAAUUUAUAACAAAUAUUAAUGAUAAAUGGUUUAAACGAAUUCCAACCACAAAAGUUCUUUGUAAAUUAAUGAUCAAAACUGAGGAAAAAGAAUUUAACGGGUUUAAAUAUCAUCCAAAUAAAGUUUCAGAACUAGAAAAUGAAAAACUUCAGAAAAAAUUAAACGAUAGACUUUCAAAUGAUCGUAUUGAAAAAAUAAAUAAACUAGCAGAAGUUGCAUUUAAUAAUGAAAUAUUUGAUGAAUAUAACCUUGAACUCAGUGAUGGGCUUUAA